ACUGAAGUUCGUUACUGACAAUCUAAACGGAAGUUCACAGCUCUGCCUGAAAAACCGAUCAUAUCAAUAAAAUUCACCAUCCAUUUUUCUAAAAAUAAUCAUUGCCCUCUUCAUAAUAAUUAUCAUCAAUUUUCUUUCUAGUUGUAGAAUAAUCCAAAAAAAUUGUUUCCUAUCUCUGCAAAUUUCUUUCCUUUAAGGCACUUCAAGUUUCUUUUUCAAUUUUAAUUCCGUUUGAUUUUUCAUUUUCUUCCAAUAAUUUACAACCCCAGAAUAUAUAAAUUUUCAAUUUUCCGUGUUCGCAAAAGCUUUUGAUUUUGAGGAUAAUAUGUCAGAUCCAAACAAUCAUUUACCAACACCAACAGCACCUCCGUGCACUGUAGACACGGAGAGCCAGACUCCAGCCACCGGAGCUACGGAGAGAAAGACUCCGGUGGCUGGCACAGGGGUCAGACACAUAAUCGAGAGAUGGAAGAGAGAAGAUAUGUUGAAGAAGAGUUCUUUCGGUUUACGUUGUAUUGGUUUGCUUUUCUCAUUGCUUGCUUUCAUAAUAAUGGCUAGCAACAAGCAUGGUGAUGGGAGAGAUUUUGAUAAAUAUCAAGAAUAUAGGUAUGUGCUAGCUAUAGCAAUUCUGUCCACAUUGUAUACAGGAUUACUUGUGCUGAUACAAGUUUACCAACUUUCAACCAACAAGGAAAUAUUUUCACGCAAGAAUUUAGCUUUGCUUGAAUUUUUUGGUGAUCAGUUGAUGGCGUACUUGUUACUAUCAGCUGCUUCAUCUGCAGUACCACUGACAAACAGGAUGAGAGAAAAUAAUGGCAACAUAUUCACAGAUUCUUCAGCAUCAGCAAUUGGCAUGGAGUUUGUGGCAUUUCUAGCUAUGGCAGUGUCAGCUAUCAUUUCUGGAUAUAAACUUUCCAAAUAAACCUAUAUCUGAUAACAUAGAUAAUACUAUUGUUUCAUUCAAUAAUUCUUUUGUUUCCUUCAUUUGUUACAAAUUUAUCGACCUUUCAUUCAUUGAACAAAGUCCUCUUUCAGUA